AUGGCAACAAGAGGGCCUGAAAUUAUAUUAACCCCUGAAGAAAGAAACGUUUUUGGCCAGCUGUUUAAAGCGGCCGACGAAAAAGGUGAAGGGCUUGUUACUGGAAAUAGGGCAGUCAGCUUUUUUGGAAAGUCAGGUUUACCGUCAACGACUCUUGCACAGGCACAUUCGGAAAAUAAAGGAUUCUUAACACCACAGACUUUCAGCAUCGCCAUUAAGCUUAUAGCACAAGCACAGAACGGACAAGCCCCGGACCGUUCAUUAAUUAAUAAGGAAUCACCAUUACCGCACUUUCAGGAUAUUACUCUUGGACCUUUCAAUAAAGGAACUGCAAACAAUCAUAAUAAUACUUUUAUUACGAACGAAGACCGGGACAAAUAUAAACGACUGUUUUUUUCGUUAGAUCCUAGAAGUGGGCUAAUUGAAACUUCAGGUGAAAAAGCAAAAGCAAUAUGGGUUAGAUCUAAACUUUCGGCUGAAAAACUUGGACAGAUUUGGUAUUUGGCAGAUACAAAAAACAGGGGACAUUUGGACCUGACAGAAUUUAUUAUUGCAAUGUAUUUUGUGCAUAAUUCUAUGAACAAUAAUAUUCAAACUCUGCCGCAAACUUUGCCACCAGGAUUAUACGAGGAAGCAACGGUAGCGGCAGGAGGAGGAUCGUCCAACGACUUAGAUCUACCCACAUCUCCAGCAUUUUCUCCACGCACUAUUGCCACUACUACUAGUCCAUCUCCAUAUUCAACAGGCAGUCCCAGAUUCAAACCGCAGCAGCAACAAACAUCAUUAUUGAUUUCGCGAGAGUCUUCUGAAACAGCUUCUUCAUUCUUUGAUGGAGGCAUCGCUAAUGCGUCGGAAGACGCUUGGGAUAUUAGCCCACAGGAUAAAGCCAAUUUUGACGCUCAUUUCUCAAAGCUCGAUGGAUCUAACAGAGGAUUUAUCACUGGCAAGGAUCUUGCUAAUAUUACAAAAUCUGGCCGAUUGACUCGAGAUGAAUUUGCAGUAGCAAUGCAUUUGAUACACAAGAAGAGAGCAGGCGGCGUGUUGCCCGUGACAUUACCACCGAGUCUUAUACCACCCUCAAUAAGGCCGACAUUAACGAACGCCUUUUCAAAUUUACAAAGAACCGAUAGCACUCGUCCACUUACUUCGACGACCAAUUCGAGUGAUCCUUUCUUUGAUCUGCAAUAUCCAACAUCUACGACAAAUAACAGCACAGUCCUUCAAGCAUCGCCAGAGGUUGAUCUCCUUUCGAUAGGCCAAGAUAUUAAAACGGAAAUAGCGCUUGAAACGGGUGAAAUUCGAAAUCUCGAAUCUCAAAUUACGCAGUUAAAUAAUGCUUCGACUGGACUUAAAGCGAGACGAAAUGAUUUGGAAUCAAACCUUACCUCAUUGACUGCCAAGAAACAUGAUAUUAAAUUGCGUCUUACACAGUUAAAGUCAAUAUAUGAUGCGGAAGUUAAAAUCGUGCAAGAAAUCGAGGCUAACUAUCGGAAAGAGCAUGAAGCUACUGAACAGGUGAGAGCUGAGCUUGCCUUGGCCGAGCGUAGUCUUGCAACCAUGCAACUAGAAAAAGAUCAACUUCAAUCCGGAAUUUUGAAGGAUCGUGAGGAAACAGUGAGCCUCAAGAAGCAGGUCAGAUUGACUGAAGAAGAGACACUAACAAUUAAGGCGCAAAUUGAGAAACUGAAGAAAGAUUCACGACAACAAAAAGGAUUGUUAGCGAUCAAUAGAAAACAAUUAGCCAGCGUUAAGGUUGAACAAGAGAAGUCAACGACAACAUUGCAAAAACUUCAAGAUGAGGUGGCAAAUCAACAACAAGUAGCUUCAGAUCCUUUUGCGAAUCUUCAAUCCACUAGUCGAGGAAUUUCUGAGGAACUUAGGGAAAGUGGCAGUCAACCAACUUCUCAGGUUCAUGGUCAAAUGUCAUCGAUAUCCUCAAUUUCUGAUCUUGGAAUAAAAAGAACAAUAUCAAAUGCUUCACUUGACUCGAUCUCAACUCAAAGUGUUUCAAGCUCAAGAUCGGUUAAUUUAGCGCAAACAAAUUACGAAGGGGCGACGAGCAUCGAUAAACCUGCUUCAGUGGCAACAUCUAAAUCCUCUGAGUUUGAAAGUAUUUUCGGGGAACAACCUGAGAAUAGUAAUGCGUCAGAAAUAUCCACGAAAUCAAAUCCAUUUGCUAAAACAUUUGAUAAUGUAAAUCUUGUUAGUAAUGGUGACAAUCAGAUAACAUCCCAAAUAUCACCUUCACCCGUUCAAGCGAAUUUGGCUCAACACGAAGAAAAGAAAUUAGAUCCUUUCGGUGGCUUGAAUGGAGAAGAGGAUUUGGCUGUCCCUGCACAACAAACUAAUAUUGAUACAGAAAAGCAAGAGGAUUCUUUGCCUGGUAAUGAUCCUUUUGAUAGCUUUAAAUCAAUCGCGGGGAAUAAUAAAUUGGAUGCUGCAUUUGCUUUUGGGGCACCUCCUCCAGAAACCUUGACUCCAGAUACAUUUGCAGCGGAAUUUCCUACUCUUGAAGAACUUGAGAAAUCUCUGGCCGGAGACGUUUCUUUGGGUUUUGAAGACAAUUUUACAACCGGCUUUAGCGAAAAAUCUAAACCUAUUUCAGAAGACAAGAAACUCAAAGAUACUGUAGAUAACGAUAUCAGCUCUAAAACUGGAGAUGAAAAACCUUUGAAUUCAAACCAAGGUUUACCGGGCAUCGAUUUUGAAAAGUUGGAAAAAUUUGAUAAAACUGAAAAGGAGGAAAAUCCUGAAAGUAAAGACAUUUUAUCUUUUGAGAAAAUUGGCGCCAACGAAUCAGAAGAAUUCAAAAUUAGUUCGUUCAAUAGUUCGGCCAAACCAAUAACUAAUGAUUUGGCAACAGCUUUGAAUACGGACAAAGAUUCAUUCCACGAUUUAUUCGCUUCUGAAGGCACAACCGAUCCUUUCACUGUACAGCCAAUCUCAGCAACAUCUAAUAUCGGUUCAUUAGACCUUCUAAAUAAAGAUGAUGAUACAUUUCAAAAUAUAGUUAAAACAAAAGACCAGACUGAUAAUACACAGACAACUGCAACGGGUUCCAAUGCCCCUAUUGCUUCGAUAGACGAUUUCGAUGCUGCGUUUGCCGAUUUAUCGGAGGCCAAGGUUAAUACAUCUGUUGCUUCAAUAGACAAAUUUGAUGACGCAUUUGAUUCCGCAUUUGCCGGUUUAUCGGAAGCCAAAGUGGUUAAUGCACCCAUAGAUUUCGAUGCAACAACAUUCGAUGAGAAUUUUGAUGAAGAUUUUAAUCCCACAUUUGACACACCAGCAAUCACACAUGUGAAAACUACAAACAAUUCGAUUGGUUCGCAGAAAAAUUCUACGAAUUUUAAUAGUUCUAUUGAUCUUAAUAAGGCAUUUGAUGAUUCAUUUGGUGACUUUGAUCCAUUUGCAGCAAAUAAUACUACAACUUCGACCACACUUAAUACAUCAAAACCAAAUUUGGACGCUGCAUUCGGUGGAAGUUUCGGAUCAACGACAACAAAAUCAGAAACGAAAAAUGAAUUUGGCUUUGAGGAUACAUUCACGGGACUGUCUAAAUCUUCGCUACCUCCACCGGUUCCUCCCAAAGGAAAUGACCCCUCUUUGUUAGAUAGUGGUGGCGGCUCAACUGAGGUUUCUCACUCGAUUCUAGAUUCACCAUUGUCUUCUCUUCCUUCAGCAGCAAUACCACCACCAGUACUAAGAUCAAGAGAACCAAAUGACGAUAAUGAUAGUGAACAGAGAGCUCAGACUGUAUUAGAACGAGAGGUCGAUGCCGAUCUAACCAAAAAAAUAAUAACAUCAUCUAAUCUUUGA